AAAACACGUGCCGGGGAUGUACAGUAGGUAGCCGCCGCCGCCGGCACAGCUGAUCGGGCGCGUUUGUUAGCGCCCGACUCAGCAUUUGGACACCUUAUUUUUUUCCUCAUGGCCACCACCAUCUUUGCCUUUGCGCGCUACCUGCGCCUGAAGGUCCUCGUGUCCUUCUUCCGCCUUGCCGUCAAGCUCCUCACACCAGCUCCGAAAGCCCGUCCCGACCGAGUUUUGAGCAUACCUUCUCGCGACAAGCGUCGCAGCAUCAAGGCCCAUCUUUACACCCCUCCAGCAAAAGACGCAGGCGCCCAGGCCCGAGUCCCGGGUCCAGUCUUGCUCAACUUUUACGGCUCUGGCUUUGCACUACCUCUGCAUGGCGCCGACGAUGGGUUUUGCCGCCUCGUCGCCACCAAAGCAGGCUAUGCGGUGCUCGACGUCGAAUAUCGCUUGGGACCCGAGUGGCCGUUUCCUGCAGCCAUCAACGACGUUGAGGACGCGGUAAGGUACGUGCUCGACCGUCCAGAGGAGUUUAAUUCUUCGCAAGUCUCCCUGUCUGGCUUCUCGUCAGGCGGCACCCUCGCCCUCAUUGCUCCUACGCUGUUUCCCCCCGGUUGCUUCCGGUCCGUCAUUGCUUUCUACCCAGCGACGGAUCUGGCGGCAGACCCUAAGCUGAGGAAAGCACCAGCACCAGACGCCAAGCCGCGCUCGACGUUCUUGACCGGAAUCUUCCGAGAGGCGUACAUUGGCGACAGAAAUCCCCGGGAUCCCAGAAUAUCACCGAUCUUUGCCGAUACGUCCAAUUACCCUGCCAACAUGCUUGUUCUGACGGGCGACCAGGACACAUCGGCACUCGAAGCGGAAGAUUUGGCCGAGAGAGCAAAAAGGGAAGGACAGGCAAGUGGGAGAAAUGUCGUGAUCCGCAGAAUGAAGGGGUGCGGCCAUGCCUUUGACAAGAAGAGCAAAGUCAGCGCCCUUGUCCAGGCCAGAGACGAGGCGUACGGGCUCGCGGUGGACAUGCUCAGGACGGCAGCCAGUCACAGAAUCUAGUGGGAAAGUCGUUCUGUCUUGCGGCUCAAAUUCUUCAAAUGUGAAAGUCGAUCUCUGCGCGGAUGUCUGCAGUACAGUCAGCACAGUCACGGGCGGUGUCACGACAUUGUCUCCUGCCUGAGUGAUGUUGCUCAGCUCAAAACCUGCCCAAGUGAAGUUGGUAUACGCAACAGAUUGUAACAAUUACGCUUCUGAUGAAAGGUCUUGUGGUCUUGUGCACGGCCGCCUCAAUUCAUAUCUCACCAGAACAGUGGCUUAAGCUGCUCUGAUGAAAUACAGAAAGCCCCAUUUCGAG